AUGAAAGCUUUAAUAUUAGUAGGUGGUUAUGGUACACGUCUUCGACCAUUAACUUUAACACAACCAAAGCCUUUAGUUGAAUUUGCAAACAAACCUAUGAUGCUUCAUCAAAUAGAAGCAUUAGCUAAGGCUGGUGUUGAUACUGUAAUACUUGCAGUAUCAUAUCGUGCUAGUCAAUUAGAACAAGAAAUAAAAAAACAUGCUGAAAUUUUAGGAAUAACUAUAAUUUUUUCAUUAGAAUCAGAACCACUUGGUACUGCUGGUCCAUUAGCUUUGGCUAAAGAAUUUUUAACAGGAAAUGAACCAUUUUUUGUUCUUAAUUCAGAUGUUAUAUGUGAUUUUCCAUUUGAAAAAAUGUUACAUUUUCAUAAAUUACAUGGUAAAGAAGGAACUAUUGCUGUAACAAAAGUUGAGGAACCAUCAAAAUAUGGUGUUGUUGUAUUUAAUGAAAAUAAUGGGAGAAUUGAAAGAUUUGUUGAGAAACCACAAGAAUAUGUGGGAAAUAAAAUAAAUGCGGGAAUGUAUGUUUUAAAUCCUUCAGUUUUAGAAAAAAUUUCAUGUAAACCUACAUCAAUUGAAAAAGAUAUUUUUCCUUUAAUGGUUGAAAAAAAUGAUUUAUAUGCAUUUGUAUUACAAGGUUUCUGGAUGGAUGUUGGUCAACCUAAAGAUUUUUUAAAGGGUACUGUUAUGUAUUUAAAAUUUUUACAUGAUAACAAUUCUGAAGAUUUAGCUACAGGAGAUUUUGUUAUUGGUAAUGUACUAAUUGAUAAAACGGCUGAUAUUGGUAACGGGUGUAAAAUAGGUCCUAAUGUUGUUAUUGGACCAGAUGUUAAAAUUCAAGAUGGUGCUUGCCUUAAAAAUUGUACAAUUCUUUCAAAAAGUACAGUAAAAUCACAUAGUUGGAUUAAUCAAAGUAUUAUAGGAAGAGAAUGUUCAGUUGGAAGUUGGGUAAGAAUUGAAAAUAAUUGUGUAAUAGGUGAUGAUGUUGUUAUAAAAGAUGAAAUAUAUUUAAAUGGAGCUUGUGUUCUUCCUCAUAAAAGUAUUUCAUCAAAUGUUGAAACACCGAACAUUAUUAUGUAA